UCUCUUACCUGUUGGGAAUACAGAUGUAGGUUUUACAUUACUGUUUUGGUUUAACACAACAUUUCAAAUCCAGUUUUUCUUCUUGUACGGUGAAUUAGCAGGUGAAGAAGCUUCAGAGUCAGAUCUUUUUCUCAGUACCUGUGGUCAGUGGAACAGCAGCCAUGGUGGACGCAGCGGCAGCAGAGCAGUUCCUCGACGCCAACCCGCAGUUCGCCAAGCAGUACUAUGACAUGACCUUCCGGCCCAAGGUCAUCUCAGACUUGCUGGAUCCCAACCGUAAGACGGCGGUGGACAUCAGCAAGUUCCACGAGCUGACGAUGGUGGAUGAGAGCGAGAUCCUCAUCGACCUGGUGCGUGACAUCCAGGACAACCUCAACAUGGAGAAGUCGGUCUUCAAGCUGAUGAGACACCUGAGCUUCAUGCUGCGGGCAGACUGCACGAGCCUCUUCAUGUACCGGCAGAGGAACGGCGUUGCUGAGUUGGCCACCAGAUUAUUCAAUGUUCACAAAGAUGCUGAGUUUGAGGAGUGCCUGGUGCAGCCCGACAGUGAAAUCGUGUACCCGUUGGAUAUGGGCAUCGUGGGCCAUGUGGCCACCAGCAAGAAGAUGGUCAACGUUCCCGAUGUGUCACAGAGCCCCCAUUUCAGUAACUUUGUGGACGAACUGACCGAGUAUGAGACAAAGAACGUCCUCGCCGUCCCGAUCAUGAACGGGAAGGACAUGGUGGCCGUGAUGAUGGCUGUUAACAAGCUGGACGGGCCGUGCUUCACUGCCAAGGAUGAAGAGACCCUGAACAAAUAUCUGAACUUUGCUAACCUGGUGCUGAGAGUUUUCCACCUGAGCUACCUGCACAACUGUGAGACAAGGAGAGGACAGGUGCUGCUGUGGUCAGCCAGCAAGGUGUUUGAGGAGAUGACGGACAUCGAGAGGCAGUUCCACAAGGCCUUGUACACAGUCAGAGCUUUCCUCAACUGUGACCGUUACUCUGUGGGUCUGCUGGACAUGACCAAAACCAAGGAGUUCUUUGACUUGUGGCCCAUUUUGAUGGGAGAGGUUCCACCUUACGAUGGACCCAAAACUCCUGAUGGCAGGGAAAUCAUCUUCUACAAAGUGAUUGACUACAUCCUGCAUGGCAAAGAGGACAUCAAAGUCAUCCCGAAUCCUCCAGCAGAUCACUGGGCCCUGGUCAGCGGGUUACCCACCUAUGUAGCUGAAACUGGGCUGAUUUGUAACAUAAUGAAUGCAGCAGAGGACGAGUUUUUCGACUUCCAGACGGAGCCGCUCGAUGAGUCUGGCUGGACUGUGAAGAACGUCCUGUCCAUGCCCAUUGUCAACAAGAAGGAGGAAAUUGUGGGCGUGGCCACAUUCUAUAACAGGAAGGAUGGGAAACCUUUUGAUGAAAUGGAUGAAACCCUGAUGGAGUCUCUGACUCAGUUCCUGGGCUGGUCGGUGCUCAACACCGACACCUAUGACAAGAUGAACAAGCUGGAGAACAGGAAGGACAUCUACCAGGACAUGGUGCUCUACCACGUCAAGUGUCGCAAAGAUGAAAUCCAAAACAUCCUGGACACCAGAGAGAGAUGGGGGAAGGAACCAGACGAGUGCGAGGAGGAGGAGCUUCAGGAGAUCCUGUCCGAGGUUUUGCCGAACUCAAAGAAAGCUGAGAUCUUCGAGUUCCACUUCUGUGACUUUGAACACAGCGAACUGGACCUGGUGAAGUGUGGCAUCAAGAUGUACUACGAACUCAAAGUGGUGGACAAGUUCCACAUUCCCAGAGAGGUCUUGGUGAGAUUCAUGUACUCUCUGAGUAAAGGCUACAGGAAGAUCACCUACCACAACUGGAGGCACGGAUUCAACGUUGGACAGACCAUGUUCACCCUCCUGAUGACAGGUGAUCUGAAGCGUUACUACACAGACCUGGAGUGCAUGGCCAUGGUAACUGCUGGCUUCUGCCACGAUAUCGACCACAGAGGCACCAACAACCUCUACCAGAUGAAGUCCGGUAAUCCUCUGGCGAAGCUUCACGGCUCCUCAAUCUUGGAAAGACACCAUCUGGAGUUUGGAAAGACUUUGCUGAGAGAUGAGUCACUGAACAUUUAUCAGAAUCUGAACCGGCGUCAGCACGACCUCGUCAUCCACCUCAUGGACAUCGCCAUCAUUGCCACUGAUCUGGCUCUGUACUUCAAGAAGAGGACCAUGUUCCAGAAGAUUGUGGACCAGUCCAAGACCUACGAGAACUGGAACGACUGGACCAAAUACAUGAUGCUGGAGACCACACGCAAAGAGAUCGUCAUGGCCAUGAUGAUGACAGCCUGUGACCUGUCUGCCAUCGCCAAACCGUGGGAGAUCCAGAGUAAGGUGGCGCUGUCGGUGGCUGCAGAGUUCUGGGAGCAGGGAGACUUGGAGAGGACAGUCCUGGAGCAACAGCCCAUCCCCAUGAUGGACAGGAACAAAGCGGAUGAACUUCCAAAGCUGCAGUGUGGUUUCAUCGACUUUGUCUGCGCUUUUGUGUAUAAGGAGUUCAGUCGCUUCCACGUGGAGAUCACCCCGAUGCUGGAGCGGCUGAUGAACAACAGGAAGGAGUGGAACGCCCUGAAGGAGGUGCACGACGCCAAAAUGGCUGCCAUCGAAGCAGCUAAGAAAGCCAAAGAGGAGGAAGCCCAGAAAGCUGCAGCAGCCAGACAAGCGAGUGCACAAUCACAGUCAAAGACGUGCAUUCUCAGCUAGACGCGCUGCAUCGCUCCGCCCUGCCGGCUAUGGUCCAGCAGCAGGUCUGAGAUCACACCUGAGAAGUCCAGGUCACCGGGAGGGCGUUCCAAACACAGCUGCAGGCACCGAGUCUGACGAUCUCCUGCUCUGCUUUGCCUCUGCUCUCUGCCUCUAACUGUUUCUCAGUCGCUGCUCUGUGCUUCACUUAUCUUCAGUUCUUUGUGGGAGUCACAUUUUUGAAUUUACCAUCAGGUCAGUCCAGCUUAAACCGAGCCUGACGUCACAGCGACACGAAACUAACUGACCCGGUGUUCCUUUGAGACGGGGGGGGGGGCUGUGACCCUGACCAACCGUUUCCAGCCCUCAAAUCCAACGUCAGGAAUGUUUUUGUAUUAUUUUCAUGUGACACUGGCUGUGCUGACGUGUUUGUGUGUCUACGUGCUGUAAAAUAGAAGCAUGCUGCAGAUAUUUUCUGUGCUUGCUUUGCAGCGUCUUUUCUCAGCAGCAUCACCUCCUCUGUGUCAUGUUGUAACGUGCUCGUUGGGUUCUGUGUGUGUGUGCGCUGAUUUUCACACUCAGGCUUUGUAAACAGUGAGAGUCCCUCUGCAGAGGUUAGUAAAGGUUUGUGGCUCACAGUCA